AUAGAAACGGGGGGCGGGCCGCCGGGGUGGUACACAAACAAGAUGGCAGCGGCCGGUAAGGAGGCAGCGAAAGAGUCACACGUGGGGAAAAAGAAAAAGCCUCCAGGUCGUUACUGGCAGAAGACAAAAGAUGGAAAACAGGCUGCUGAUGCACAGCAGCAGAAGCGUGACACUACGUCAACAAAAAAGAGAAAGAAACCAAACGACGAUGGACAAGAAAAGCACUUUGUAUCUGGGAAACGGGAUGCUUUCCCAGGACCUGCUUGUAUUCCAGAGGCUAAGCUGCAGAAGUUCACAAGGGAAGGGAAAACGGAAGAUCAGGUCUCCAAGCAUCACAUGAAACUAAAAGAAGCCAUUGCUCGUUCAGAUGAAACCUCUGAAAUGGCCCAAAAACAAGCUGCCCGGUUUGACCUUCUACUCCCGGAGGAAGCAGGGUUGUUAGAAGGAGACGAAGAUGAGGACACAUGUACCAUCUCACAGCAAGAUAUCGCAGACGCUGUGGAUAUUUCAUCUGGGGCCAAGUAUUUUAACCUGAAUCUAUCUCAAUUUGGACCAUACCGACUGGAUUACAGCAAGACUGGACGUCACCUGCUGCUCGGUGGGAGGAGAGGCCAUGUUGCUUGUCUCGAUUGGCAAUCCAAACAGUUGAUGUGUGAGAUAAACGUGAUGGAGUCCAUCAAUGAUGUUCGAUGGCUUCACACUGAGGCCAUGUUUGCAGUGGCUCAGAAAAAGUGGCUGCACAUCUACGACUCAAAGGGAAUAGAGCUUCACUGCAUCCGCAAGUUCAACGACGUCCUUCGCAUGCAGUUUCUGCCCUACCACUUUUUAUUGGCCACCGCUAGCGCGACAGGUUUCCUGCAAUAUCUUGAUGUAUCCGUGGGAAAAGAGGUUUCCGCCAUCUGCACCAAAACGGGCCGCCUUGACGUGAUGUGUCAGAACCCCUACAAUGCUAUCAUCCAUCUUGGCCACCCCAACGGCACACUCACCCUCUGGUCGCCCAAUCAAAAAGAGGCCCUCGUCAAGAUGCUCUGUCACCGGGGAGGAGUGCGUUCCGUUGCCGUGGACAAAACUGGAACAUAUAUGGUGACGUCAGGCAUGGACAAAAAGCUGAAGGUGUUUGAUGUCAGAACUUUCCAGCCCCUCAAUUCUUACUUCCUCCCAGCUGGAGCUUCUUGUUUGUCGCUGAGCCAGCGGGGGUUGCUGUCUGCAGCCACGGGGGAUGUCGUCCAGGUAUACAAGAAUGUGUGGAGUUCGCCAGUGACCAAACCCUACAUUGCCCACAGAGUACGGGCCGCCGCAUGGGAGGUACACUUUUGCCCCUUUGAGGAUGUGCUCGGGGUCGGCCAUGGACAAGGCUUCACUAGCAUGCUCGUACCAGGAGCAGGUGAGCCUAACUUUGAUGGCCUGGAUUCAAAUCCAUACCGCAGUGCCAAACAGAGGCAGGAAUGGGAAGUUAAAGCCCUGCUGGAAAAGAUUCAGCCGGAGCUUAUCAGUUUAGACCCCACUGAACUGGCAAAGGUUGAUCUUGGCACCUUCAAGCAAAGGCACCAAGACAGAGUGCAAGCUUUGGGCUAUGAUCCUCUUGCCAAAGAAAGAUUUGUCCCCAGGUAUAAGAAAAAAGGUCGUAGCUCAACAGGCAAUGUGGAAAGGCGAAAGAAUAAAGUGGCUGAUGCUGACAAGAGGGAUCUAAUCGUGAAAAGUAUGGAGGACAAAAUGAAGAUGGAGGAAGAAAGAAAAGCAAAGGAAAAGAAGAAGGCAGCAUUCGCGAGCCGAAAAUCAGCUCUGGACAGAUUCCAAAAAUAGAAGAGGAGCCAUUGUGCUACAAAAACACUGGCAUCCGGUUGAGAAUGAAGCACCUCCUGUGUGUGGGCAAAACAAGUCAUGCCACAAACCCGGAAGGAGGAAAUUACUUCUGAUACGUGGCAUUCAUUUGUAAUCAAUGGUGAGUGCAGCAGUAGGGCAGCUUUUUAAUGCCUAAAGCAUUUCCUGUCAACGCAGGAAAAUAUCAGCUGGGACAUGUUCCUGACCUUACUCGUGUGCUUUUAUAGCCGAGCUGACUCUCUAAUAAACAAAUAAACCAAC